CGGACAGCGCGGCGGUGCGGAGUGCGCGGCGGAACAGUGAGCAGCGCGGCGCCCAGAGCGCUGGCCGCCCGCGGAGCUCCAGCCGAGCCGAGCCCGGCCCAGAGCGCCGGGUCCCAGCGCCCGCAGCCAUGCUGGCCGGCCGCGCCGCGCGCACCUGUGUGCUGCUCGCCCUCUGCCUCCUGGGCAGCGGGGCCCAGGAUUUUGGGCCGACGCGCUUCAUCUGCACCUCGGUGCCGGUGGACGCCGACAUGUGCGCCGCGUCCGUGGCCGCCGGCGGCGCCGAGGAGCUCCGGAGCAACGUGCUGCAGCUCCGCGAGACCGUGCUGCAGCAGAAGGAGACCAUCCUGAGCCAGAAGGAGACCAUCCGCGAGCUAACCACCAAGCUGGGCCGCUGCGAGAGCCAGAGCACGCUGGACGCGAGCGCCGGCGAGGCGCGGACGGGCGGCGGCCGCAAGCAGCCCGGCUCGGGCAAGAACACCAUGGGCGACCUGUCUCGGACGCCGGCCGCCGAGACGCUCAGCCAACUCGGGCAAACUUUGCAGUCGCUCAAAACCCGCCUGGAGAACCUCGAGCAGUACAGCCGGCUCAAUUCCUCCAGCCAGACCAACAGCCUCAAGGAUCUGCUGCAGAGCAAGAUAGAUGACCUGGAGAGGCAGGUGCUGUCUCGGGUGAACACUCUGGAGGAGGGCAAGGGGGGCCCCAGAAAUGACACCGAGGAAAGAGUCAAGAUCGAGAGUGCCCUGACUUCCCUGCACCAGCGGAUCAGCGAGCUCGAGAAAGGUCAGAAGGACACGCGCCCUGGAGACAAGUUCCAGCUCACAUUCCCCCUGCGGACCAACUACAUGUAUGCCAAGGUGAAGAAGAGCCUGCCGGAGAUGUACGCCUUCACGGUGUGCAUGUGGCUCAAGUCCAGCGCAGCGCCAGGGCUGGGCACGCCCUUCUCCUAUGCCGUGCCCGGCCAGGCCAAUGAGCUGGUCCUCAUUGAGUGGGGCAACAACCCCAUGGAGAUCCUCAUCAACGACAAGGUGGCUAAGCUGCCCUUUGUAAUCAAUGAUGGCAAGUGGCACCACAUCUGCAUCACCUGGACCACCCGGGACGGGGUCUGGGAAGCCUACCAGGAUGGCACCCAGGGAGGCAACGGCGAGAACUUGGCGCCCUAUCACCCCAUCAAGCCACAGGGCGUGCUGGUGCUGGGCCAGGAGCAGGACACUCUGGGUGGCGGGUUUGAUGCCACCCAAGCGUUCGUGGGCGAGCUGGCCCAUUUCAACAUCUGGGACCGCAAGCUGACCCCGGGGGAGGUGUACAACCUGGCCACCUGCAGCACCAAGGCCCUUUCCGGCAACGUCAUUGCCUGGGCUGAGUCCCACAUCGAGAUCUACGGCGGAGCCACCAAGUGGACAUUCGAAGCCUGUCGCCAGAUCAACUGAGGCCCAGGGCCGGGCUGAGCCUCCUGGUCCCCAGGUCCCCAGCCCCCUCCCGCUUCCCCCCUGCUUGUGUGGUGAUGAUCCGUCGUCUCUUCUUCUCUCCCUUUCCCCCAGGAAUGACUCAAGGCCAUCGCCCUCGCACAUGCGCACACGCACACAGCCUGGUUUCGUCCUCGUGCACGUGAAGCAGGCCCGGCUCCCAUCUGUCCCCGAGGUGUCCCCACUUCUCUCUAGGAGCCCGCACUGUUUCUCAGGCAUGCCCUGUUCACCAGUAAAGCUGGCAGCUGCAACAUUUUGAAAAAUGCACACGUAGGUGAGAGGACCUGUGUGUGAGAGUGUGUGUGUGUGUGUGUGUGUGUGUGUGUGUGUGUUUGUGUGUCUACAAGGGUCUGUCUCUCUGGGGAGGCCUUCUCUUUUAAAAUGAGGUAUUUCAUUUCUUCUUUCUCUGUGGCUUUGGGAAAUCUCACGGCUGGUCUACCAUCUGCAUUGCCAGCUUUGGUGUCCGCCGUGGGCCUUGGGGCUGGCGCACCUUCUUCUGCAACGCAUUUGUCUUUGUUUGUAAACGUUUUUCAGAGCGACAUAUCUCUAUAUUGAUAAAAUAAAUACCUUUUAGCAGUCUGUUAA